AAACAAUUUUGCCACUCAAUCAGUUCGCGUUCAAACACCGGAGAUGGCAGCCGCAGUUGUGAAAUUAUUAGUAUUCAGUUUGCUUUUCGGUCUCGUUGUCUCGCAAAUACCACGACGUGAACGGCCGAAAAAUCGUGAGAAACCAACACAGCGAACAACAAAGCCACCAGUUAUCGAUGACGAGGAUGAUGAUGGUACAGCAAGCGAAUGCCCUGAGCCUUCUGGAUUCUUCGCUGAUGCUGAUCAAUGCGAUAAAUAUUAUGCAUGCACAGAUGGAGCAAUCGAGGAAAGACUGUGUCCCGAUGGAAUGGUGUUCAACGAUUAUGACAUAAAUGUGGAAAAAUGUGAUUUACCAUACAAUAUUGACUGUUCAAAGCGCUCAAAGUUACAGACGCCAAUUCCUUCCAACAAUUGUCCAAGACAGAAUGGAUAUUUCGGUCAUGCAGAUGCGCAUAUUUGCGAUAAAUUCUUUUAUUGUGUUGGUGGUCAUGAUAAUAUGUAUACAUGCCCUGCUGGUCUUGUCUUCAAUCCAAAGACUGGAAUUUGUACAUGGGCUGAUGAGGCGGGCCGAACUGGUUGUUCAUCUGAAGAAGUCUUCCAAUUCUCAUGUCCAAAGGUCAACGAAUCUAUUGCUGUAACGCAUCCAAGAUAUUCAGAUCCAGAAGACUGCCAAUACUUUUAUGUAUGCAUAAACGGAGACACAGCACGUAGAAAUGGGUGUAAAUUGGGUCAAGUCUUUAAUGAAGCAACAAAAUCAUGCGACUGGCCUCGAAAUGUACCCGAAUGCUCGGACUUUUAUAAAGAUAGACUCACAGAUGAGCAAUUAGAGGAGCUAGAAAAUCCCAAAACAACAACACCAAGAAUUAAAAAGAAGGGUACUCCUGCAUCAAGGAGACGUCCCAGUCGUCCAACAGCACGACGCGUUGUGGAAGAAGAAGAAGAGGAAGAAGAAUGAAAAAAAAUGAAUCCAUAAAAAUAAUUUCCUUGUAAUGAUAAUUGCUUUGUAAUUUAUGAAAAUGAUAAUUUUUAUAUUCAUCGACACAAUCAGUAGUAAUAAAAAAGUGAAAAUGGAAAGAAAAUUAAAGGAAAUAA